GCCGCCGAGUGUCAGCGGCCGUGCUGUGAUGGCGGCGGCAGCCGCGGCUCGGGGCGCCGGCGGGGCUGUGCCGCUCCUGACUCGGCGUGGGCCCCGCGCCAUGGGGAGCAGCCGCGGCGGGCGGCUCGCCUGAGGCGGCGGCGGUAACAGCGGAGGGAGGGCGCGGCACUGCCGAGGGAGCCCCGCCGCGGGGGCCGCGACCCGCGCCGCCGGGGAUGCUGCGCUGGGUCCGGCAGCAGCUGGGUUUUGACCCACCGCAUCAAAGCGACACAAGAACUAUUUAUAUAGCAAACCGUUUUCCCCAGCAUGGCCAUUACGUUCCUCAGAAGUUUGCAGACAACAGAAUCAUAUCAUCCAAGUAUACAGUGUGGAAUUUUGUUCCAAAAAACUUAUUUGAGCAGUUCAGAAGAGUAGCCAACUUUUAUUUUCUCAUUAUAUUUUUGGUUCAGCUCAUGAUAGAUACCCCUACCAGUCCUAUUACCAGUGGAUUGCCAUUAUUCUUUGUCAUAACUGUGACAGCCAUAAAGCAGGGCUAUGAGGACUGGCUGCGACAUAAAGCAGACAAUGAAGUCAACGGUGCUCCAGUUUAUGUUGUUCGAAGUGGUGGCCUUGUGAAAACCAGAUCUAAAAACAUUCGGGUGGGAGACAUUGUCAGAGUAGCCAAAGAUGAGACUUUCCCUGUUGAUCUGGUGCUCCUGUCAUCUGACCGAGUGGAUGGUUCAUGCCACGUUACCACUGCAAGUUUGGAUGGAGAGACCAAUCUUAAGACACAUGUUGCAGUCCCAGAAACAGCAGUGCUGCAGUCUGUUGCCAACCUGGACAAACUGGUAGCUGUUAUAGAAUGUCAGCAGCCAGAAGCAGAUCUAUACAGAUUUGUUGGAAGAAUAACUGUAAGUCAACAAGCUGAAGAAAUAGUACGACCUCUUGGGCCUGAAAGUCUCUUACUUCGUGGAGCAAGAUUAAAAAACACUAAAGAAAUAUUUGGUGUUGCUGUGUAUACAGGUAUGGAGACAAAGAUGGCAUUAAAUUACAAGAGUAAAUCUCAGAAACGGUCAGCAGUAGAAAAGUCCAUGAAUUCCUUUUUGAUUAUUUAUCUAAUAAUCCUCCUCUUUGAAGCCAUUCUGAGCACUAUUUUAAAGUAUGCAUGGCAAGCUGAAGAGAAAUGGGAUGAGCCUUGGUAUAAUGAAAAAACAGAGCAUGAAAGAAACAGCAGUAAGAUCCUGAGAUUUAUUUCAGAUUUUCUUGCUUUUCUGGUACUUUACAAUUUUAUCAUACCCAUUUCACUCUAUGUGACUGUUGAGAUGCAGAAAUUUCUUGGAUCUUUUUUUAUUGGCUGGGAUCUUGACCUCUAUCAUGAAGAAACAAACCAGAGAGCACAAGUAAAUACUUCAGACCUCAAUGAGGAAUUGGGACAGGUAGAGUAUGUGUUUACAGACAAAACUGGUACAUUAACUGAAAAUGAGAUGCAGUUUCGGGAGUGCUCUAUUAAUGGCGUAAAGUACCAAGAGGUCAAUGGUAAACUAACUCCAGAGGGAUUUUCUGAAGAUUCUCCAGAUGGAAAUAGGCAUGGUUUGGUGAAAGAGGAAGAGCUCUUCUUGAAAGCAGUUUGUCUGUGUCAUACAGUGCAGAUCAAUGCAGAUCAGACUGAUGGUGCUGAUGGUCCCUGGCAUGCCAAUGGAAUAACAUCCCCCCUGGAAUAUUAUGCUUCUUCCCCAGAUGAGAAGGCUUUGGUGGAAGCUGCGAGCCGGGUUGGAGUAGUAUUUACUGGAAUCAGUGGAGACAGUAUGGAAGUAAAAAGUCUUGGAAAACCAGAGAGGUAUAAAUUGCUUCAUGUUUUGGAGUUUGAUCCGAAUCGCAGACGAAUGAGUGUCAUUGUAGAGAGUCCCUCAGGGGAGAAGCUUUUAUUCACAAAGGGAGCAGAAUCUUCCAUUCUUCCUCGUAGUAAGAGUGGAGAAAUAGAUAAAACAAGGAUACAUGUGGAUGAAUUUGCUUUGAAGGGCCUAAGAACUUUGUGUGUGGCCUACAGAAGAUUCACACCCGAGGAGUACCAAGAAAUUGGCAAACGCCUUCAUGAGGCCAGGACUGCCUUACAGCAGCGGGAAGAGAGAUUAGCAGAUGUGUUCAACUUCAUAGAAAGGGAUCUGGAGUUACUUGGGGCAACAGGAGUAGAAGACAAACUGCAGGAGAAAGUCCAAGAAACUAUAGAAGCCCUCAGGCUGGCUGGUAUCAAAGUGUGGGUGCUCACUGGAGACAAGCACGAAACAGCUGUUAGUGUCAGUUUAUCCUGUGGACACUUUCACAGAACCAUGAACAUCCUUGAGCUUGUGCAGCACAAGUCAGACAGUACCUGUGCAGAACAGCUGAGGCAGCUAGCCAAGAGAAUAAAGGAAGACCAUGUUAUCCAGCAUGGACUGGUUGUGGAUGGGACCAGCCUCUCUCUUGCACUCAGGGAACAUGAAAAACUGUUCAUGGAAGUCUGCAAAAACUGUUCUGCAGUGUUGUGCUGUCGCAUGGCACCCCUUCAGAAAGCAAAGGUGGUUCGACUGUUAAAGACCUCUCCAGAGAAGCCCAUAACAUUAGCGAUCGGAGAUGGUGCUAAUGAUGUGAGCAUGAUCCAGGAGGCACAUGUUGGCAUAGGAAUCAUGGGCAAGGAAGGAAGGCAAGCUGUAAGAAACAGUGACUAUGCAAUAGCACGGUUUAAAUUCCUCUCCAAGUUGCUUUUUGUUCAUGGGCACUUUUACUAUAUUAGAAUAGCAACCCUUGUACAGUACUUUUUUUAUAAGAAUGUGUGCUUUAUUACACCACAAUUUUUAUAUCAGUUCUUCUGUUUGUUUUCACAACAAACGCUCUAUGACAGUGUAUACCUGACUUUGUACAAUAUUUGUUUCACUUCCCUGCCUGUCCUCAUCUACAGUCUUUUUGAGCAGCAUGUGCACCCGCAUGUAUUGCAGAGUAAACCUGUGCUCUACAGAGACAUCAGUAAAAAUGCCCAUCUGGGGUUUAAACCAUUUCUUUACUGGACCAUCUUGGGCUUCUUUCAUGCAUUUGUUUUCUUUUAUGGCUCGUAUCUUCUAAUGGGAGAAGACACUUCUCUGCUGGGAAAUGGCCAGAUAUUGAAACCUAACAGGCAAAUGAUGUUUGGGAACUGGACAUUUGGUACUUUGGUCUUCACCGUUAUGGUUAUAACUGUUACGAUGAAGAUGGCACUAGAAACUCACUUCUGGACAUGGAUAAACCAUUUUGUUACUUGGGGAUCCAUUGUAUUUUAUUUCAUAUUCUCCUUGUUUUAUGGGGGAAUUAUCUGGCCAUUUUUACAUACCCAGGACAUGUACUUUGUAUUUGUUCAACUGUUGUCAAGUGGUUCUGCUUGGUUUGCCAUAAUCCUCAUAGUAGUUGCUUGUUUGUUUAUUGAUGUUGUGAAGAAAGUGCUGUACAGACAUCUGCAACCAACAAGUACUGAAAAAGCUCAGAUGUACUCCAACAGAGUUGCUUUAAGUGACGAGUUCAUCGCACUGCAGCCAUUGUCCAGGGCCAGGAAUCAGCUGAGCAAAAUUAGCUUACUGAGGCAGGUUCAGGUAUCAACUGCUUGGACUCCAUGUGCUGCUUCUCAGAUGGGGAAACAGCAUGCACAUCUAUUAGAAGAAUGCUGGAACGACUAAUGGGAAGGUGUAGCCCAACCCGGGUCAACAGUGUUUGUAAGGUUACCGAAGAAACUUGCAUUUAAACAAUUCAGGAAGGACUUAAGAAUCCAUCCCUCGGCCAAGGUAUAUUUUUCUAUUUGCAGUAAAUCUAAGUCAGUAAUGUCUCAUUGAGAGCAUAGAUGUGGUUUGCUUAAGGACAGAUUUUUUUGGUGUGAAAAAUAUUUUGUGUGGAAGUCACUGGGGUUUUGUGUUGAUAUCACAAAUCUUUUUAAAACGCUCCUAUUCAAGGAAGAAAGACUUGGUGUAUUUCUUUGAUAGCUGAAGUGUAGGAGCCAGUUCACUGUGCCCUGGCCACAGUGCAGAGUCCUUCAUGAGGGAAACUUUAAAAUCCAGCUAAAAUUCAGUGUAAUGCUGGCAUUCACCUCCCAGUGUGAGUGUGAACGGGUGGGGGAGGCUUUGCCAUAGGGAGGAAAAGGUUUAUUAUUUACCUUUUAGCCUUGAAAUCCAUAAAAGCCUGUAGUAGAUGUUUGUAGCUCAAAGCAAGAGUAGUGUGCACUCACUUUACUGUGCAGUGUCCCUGAGGAAGCACCUUCUCCAUGGGAUCAUGUUCUCUGCAGGUCGGUUCUGCCUCUGAGAAAAACAGCAUUUGGUUUUGUUACUUAGGAAAAUUUUAGUUGCCGAACUCAUGCUUUUAAAAGGAUGCAGUGGAAAAAAACCUGAGAUGUUCGGAAUUGGUUCAAAAACUAAAAUGUAAAUAUUCCGUUUAAAAAUACUCUGUAUUUUUUAAGAUUACAGCAGGGAAGGGAGAACAGAAGUUUCAAAGGAAGGAAUGCUGAAAACUUUGGUUUUUCGUUUUCAAAAAGAUUUGAGAAAAGCUUAUGCAACUUAGAAUGCAUAUUAAGCACCUGUAAUUUCUUACAGGAAUAAAAUAUAAUUUUCUAGUGCUAGGUGUCUCAAAGCUGUAGCCUAAAUUAUUUUUCAUAGUUCUGUCUGCUAUUGCUGUACUUCUAAAUAUCUGUGAUUUUGGUGAAAUUCAGUCUUCCAAAGUGCUCAAGCAAAAUGUGCUUUUGAACCGCUUAUUUUGAGGUUUUGGGGUUUUUUGUGUGUGGAAUCCCUAAUGCCUCACCAUUGUCACUGCCCUCACCACUGCUUUUUUACACAGACAGUUACACAGAUGUCACUGCUUAAAGGAGCUGUUCCUAGAGCUGGGCAAACCUUUCACCAGGGCCUCAUUUUAGCCUUUAUCCUGUUCCGAAAUUACUUCCCAGCCAGACUCUCUCCUUUGCAGCUCUGGGCUGGGAUUUUUUUCUGCAGCUGUUUUUAUUGUUGGUUGUUCUGCUCGUUCCUUGCCUCUGUCUGUUCCCAGUGGCACGGUUUGGUCUCUGCUCUGGGGACGCCUCGCUCUGGGGCAGGAGCAGGGCCGGGGAUGCUCUGGCCGCUCCUGCCGCGGGAUGUGCCCGGCUUCUGCUUCCUAUGGGUUUCUCUCUCCCUUCAGCUCAGUGCUGCUCCAAAGGCGUCGGGACUGGCUCAGAGCCGUGUGUGCUGCCACGGCCACCUGCUGCUGCUGCUCCUUCGGGGACCUUGCCGUCACCGCCCGGCUGCGGCUGAGCCCGCUCCGUGUCCCCGCGGGGGGAAGAGCUCUGCGGGACGUGCGGCUCCCGGAGGCACAGGGCGACGCUUGGCUGGAAGAGACCCUGGCGGGCACCUGGGGCUGCAUUCAUCUCUCCUCAGCAGUUUUCAAGGAAAUUACUUCAAACUGCAACAGGUUCUCACCCUUUUUACAUUUUGACAAGAGGAUAAAAGAUGAUCUGUGGAGCAUGCAGUUGAGAAUGGUUAAAAUGAGGCGCAUCUUGCUCCAGGAGGAUCUUAAUUUGUAUCUCAAAGAAUAUAUUUUUACAAUUCCUAGUUGCAGUCCCCAUGACAGAUUGCAGGUUUUAUGCAUACAAAAAUAACAAAUCGUCAUCUAGACUCCUGUUUUUUCACUGAAGAGGAACUGAACUCGCUUCUUUGAAGGAAAAAACUGGAAUGGCUUCAUCUCUACAAGAAGUACCUUUUAAAAGCUGUUGAUCCUUGUUUUUAGACAGAUUAGGGGUGUUGCCCACUGGAAAUGAGCAAUAAGUAAUACAAAGAAUUUUGGACCUCUGACACUGUGGCUGCCUCAUGUUAUUUUUGCUCCUUUGACAGCGAGGCUGUGUGCUUGCUCCUUGUACAGCUUGGUCAGUAGUUGUUUUGAAAAUGGUUUAUGAAAAUUAUAUUUAUUAAAUAAAAUUUUCACUUCUAGCUGA